CAUAUAGUCCAUAGCUGAAGAAUGAAUAAAAUGGGGCCUCAGAGUCACAGUGGAAAAAAAAGGGGCCUAAAGUAUAAUAUUAAGAGCCAUAAGCUAAAAUAAGCAGGAGAGGAAGAGGGAAGAUUUUAGAUGGGGUUGGAGGGAGUAGCAAGCGGUGUGAUGAUAAAGGAGGUUCUCCUGAAGUUAGAUGUGGAGACGCUUUGCUCUCUUGCAUGUGUCAGCAGAUCUCUCCGCUUCUCCGUCUCUCAAGCCCUUUCAUUAUUCUCUGCUCUCAAUCUCUCAACGUUUUCUCCGGAUGCCCAGACUGUUGCUCACAUUCUGGGUAGGACCAGGACCAGGACCAACGGCGGCAGCCUUCUUAAGAGCCUGACCAUAAAUUGCCUCCGCCUUGAUGAUUCCUGUGUGCCCUUAUUUCUCAGCCCACAUCUCCAUGACCUCAAUUUGCUCUCCUGCUCUCUGCUUUCAUAUCAUCUUCUUCCUUCCAUUGGGGAAACCUGCCCCAAUCUAAGGGUGCUUACGCUUGAAUUGGUAGAGCAGGACUCACCUGAAAUUUUCAAAUGUAACCUUGUCCGUAUGCUCAAAGGAUGCUUGUACCUGGAGUCAUUUUGCCUAAAGAUUCGAGGAACAGGUGAUGCAAUCGCUUUGCAAUCCAUUGAAUUCUUCCUGCCCAAAACUCUUAAAAUCCUGAAAUUGCAGCCACUGCUUGAGCAAGACGGGAUCCACCUCAUAAACCAACUUCAAGUUGAUAGGACUUUUUCUGAGACAGCUGAUUUUGGCAUCAUCUCUCCAUUGGGAACCUGUAUUCCAUUGCAGUGCUUGUCACUGGUCCUAGAUAUUAUAUCCGAUGAUCUGAUUAUUUUGAUCACCAACUCUCUUCCUCUUUUGAUAGAGCUGGAUCUUGAAGACAGACCACAUCAGGAACCACUAUUGCACAAUGACUUGAGCAACAACGGGCUCCAGUCCUUGGGCUCUUGUCAUCAUUUAACAAGUCUCUCACUUAUUCGGAGUAAACGGAACCAGCAAGUGUCAUUCAAAAGAAUAAAUGAUAUGGGCAUGUUUCUGCUUUCUGAGGGCUGCAAGGGCCUAGAGUCGGUGAGACUUUGUGGGUUUUCUAAAGUUAGUGAUGCAGGCUUUGCAUCAAUUCUACACUCCUGCCAAAGGUUAAAAAAAUUUGAAGUUCGUAGUGCCCUAUUAUUGUCAGACUUGGCCUUUCAUGAUCUCACCGGGGUGCCUUGUUCCCUUGUUGAGGUGAGAUUAUUUUCAUGCAGUCUUCUAACCUGUGAAACUGUGAAAAAAUUGGCUUGUUCUAGCAGCCUGGAGGUCCUUGAUCUAUAUGGUUGCAGGAGCAUAGCAGAUUCCUGCCUGAGGUCCAUUUCGUGUCUUCAUAGAUUGACUUCUCUGAAUCUCUCAGGAGCUGAUGUUACAGACCAUGGAAUAUCUAUUCUUGGUCAGGGGAGUCCACCCAUCACACAUUUGUGUCUACGAGGCUGUAAGAGGGUAACUGAUGAAGGUUUAUCUAUUUUGCUCCAUAGUGGGACAAUUGGCAAAUCAUUGUCAGCCUUGGAUUUAGGAUACAUGCCUCGAAUAUCAGAUAAAGCAAUACUUACAAUUGCUAAGGUUGGUAUAGGCAUUACUGAGUUGAGUAUUAGGUGUUGCUUCUAUGUGACCGAUUCAUCCAUGGAAGUAUUGGCUAUGAAGAGAAGGUUCCAAGAUGAAAGUAAACCACUUCGAAGGCUUGAUAUUUAUAAAUGCAGUGGCUUGUCUGUUAAUUCAAUUAAAUCACUUAAGAGGCCUUUGUUCCCUGGGUUACACUGGCUUGGUAUUGGGCACACACGUUUGACCGGGAAAGGAAAUGCUAUUCUAACUGAAAUUUUUGAGGAACGACCAUGGCUGACUCUUUGUUUGGAUGGCUGUGAAAUGGGAUGUCAUGAUGGAUGGCAAUUUCAUAUACCAGAAUAUCGCUGGUCUUGAUUUUAGUGGAUGGGUUGGUUUUUGUUUUCGUGGAUGUGUUUGGUUUUUACGCUCCAUUUAUUUCGAUGUAAAAUAUUUACAAAGGUAAAAUAUUUUACAUCUAAAUUAUUUGCAGGAAAAUAUUUUUAUUUUACAGUGUUUAAAAGUGUAUAUGAAAAUGUUGUGUAAAAUAUUUUCCCGUGUUUGGUAUAACAUAAAAUGAAAAUAAAAAAAGCGGUAAAAAUUUAAAA